GACGCCUUCAAGGGAAGGAUCAGCCGGAAGGCUGCUGCCGCUUCAGGUGUGACGACAGAGGCACAGCAAAUCAGCGCCUCGCGGGCGGGCAAUGGUAGCACCUCUGUCGCAUCAAACCGCGGGCGGGCGGCACAGGGAUGCAGCUGGCUGGUCACAUUUAUGGCCUGGACCUUGUUGCACCGUAGCAUGCAUAUUGUUUGUGUAACAACCGGCGAUCAGUGUGCAGCCUCGGUAUUUGCUAGUGUGGUCCCUGCUCCUUUGCGUUGCUUUUUUUCAUCUCGCAUGCGCCUCGAUCGCUGUGACCAUCCCGAGGAGCCCUGCUGAUGUGGUACUUUCGGCGUUCGAAAGAGCUGGCCUUGUUCACGACGACGACGAGGACGGAGGACGACGACGAGAACUCUGCUGGCGCGCAGGUCUGGUCGGUGUGGGGCCAACGUCGAGGUGAUUAUGGGCGCAUCCAUGAUGACAAAGGUUCGAGCUCCUGUGGCGCGAUCGUCUUGGGGGCGCUGCGCAGUGGUUGCGGUCAUCCCCGGAUGAAUAAGAGCCACCGCGGUCCUCUCUAACCUGACGUAUCGCGAGUUGUACGCCACGGGGAUACGCGCCAGCCUCUGUUCUGGUCUGUAUGAGGGAAGAGUCCUCCCAUGUGACGAUAUGUUGCUUGCUGGUUUCGCAGAUAAUCCUCGGAAGUGUGCUUGCCCAACAGCUGCUCUUGUCCGGGUUUAUCGGGAAUGUUUGCGCUCGACGGGUGGUGUGAGGAAGUCCGGCACCAGCCAGACGAAACCCCGCAGAUGACCAUGAAAGCAGAGAGGAGUGCAUUUGAAGUUGGAGG